AUGCAUGACUUCAAGAAUGAUGUCUGUGACAACGAGCACUACCUCACCCAUACUCAUCUCAUAACGUUCAUGAAACUGCAGCGCCAUAAUUGGCUCGAGGAGUACAUUACUAACAAGAAGAACGACGACACGGCGUACAACAGCUUGCUCCGACACUGCCAACGGUUUACUAAGCGCUAUCACAUCUCGCAACGAGUGCCAUGUGCGACCAAGCUACCACAAGCUGUGCUUGCUGAGCCGAAAGCUACAAUUGCAAAGGAGUUUUGGGAAAAGUUCAAAGAUACCACGCCUUCAGACAUCAUCAACGUCGACGAAACUUCUGUCUACUAUGACAUGCCACCUAAAAAGACUUUGGCGAAAAUCGCUGGUCAAAUGUACGUUGUACAGGAGAAGGCAUGGAUGGACACGCGUGUGUGGGAGAUGUACUUGACUGAUCUGCUCAAGUACGAGAUCGAAGGCCCCUCUGUUAUUGUGGCCGACAAUUUGGAUUGUCAUUAUGACGAUGAUAGCCAUCAAAUCCUCCCUACUCGGGCACGAAUGGUCAACACCAAAUGA